AUGCCGGGAAUGACAAACAAACUUCAUCAGGGUGAUGGAUCCAGGAUAGGGAUUCGGGCCAUAUUCAGACAUCAGAGCCGAAUCCUCUUUUUACUGGUACUCUUUUGGGUGGUCUUUAUCUUGUACAUUGCUCUUCCUCAAGGGGCAUUGUCACUUUUGCCCUACAAAGCGAGAAUAUUCGAUGCAUCAACCGCAAAGUUGCAUCUGGUCAUCCCGGCCAAUGGUCCCGAUCCCAAUCUUUGCAAAACGAUGCUUACUGCAGGGAUUUUGAAGUAUCCUGCUCCAGUGAUUGUGAACUGGAAUGAGACUUUUGAGAAUGAUGGUCUACUUGCAGGCGGAUCCCAUUUGGCCAAGAUAUCGGGCAUCGCAAAGUACCUUGUCUCUUUGGAUGCUUCCCAGGAUGAAGACCUGGUCCUCACCGUUGAUGGAUUUGAUAUUUGGUUCCAGCUGAGACCUCAGACUGUCCUUGAUCGAUACUUUGCCAUGAACGCCAAAGCCAACAAGCGUAUCACUGAUGAAUUCGGAGCUGUCGCCUCCAAAUACGACAUGAAGCAGGAGAUUGUCUUUAGCAGUCAGAAGAGAUGCUGGCCUUGGACAGAGGGCGACCCUCCAUGCUAUGCGGUGCCACAGUCAUCUUUGCCGAAUGAUAUCUUUGGCCCAAGUACCGACACUGAUGUAGGGUUUGAAGAGAAUCCCUAUAUUAAAUUUCGGCCAAGAUAUCUCAACUCUGGUGUCAUCAUUGGACCUGUCCGAGCCAUGCGCAAAAUGUUCAUGAAAGCGGAGAGACUUCUGAAUGAAGGCGGUGAGACGAAUGUUGGCAGCGAUCAAUACGUCUUCGGUCACAUCGCCGGCGACCAGUCGAUCUGGAGAGAGGCGAUGCGUCGCGAUGGCUUGUCUGAUAGGCAACGAGAGGCUGAACGGCUGAUUGAUACAAGUCCAAAGUCAAGAGCGCAAUGGCCGGAACAACAUAUCCAAGAAGUGCGCGAAAAAGCCGCAUUGGAGGACGACGGAAGGUUCGAGUUUGGUGUGGGAUUCGACUACGGAUCGGAGAUUGGCAUUCCAACAGUGUUCUCCGAGACUGAUCUGGAAUGGCWCACCUUUCACAAUAAAGAUCAAAUGCACAGAGCAGAGCAGCAAUUGGGUAUUGCGAGGGAGAGAAGCCGUCUGGAUGAGUUGGCAAGUGAUAUUUCCACCACCACUCCGCCUUUCUGGAGCUCCACACCGGAUUCGGGCCUGCCGCAAGAGCUAAAGUGGGAUGAUGUUCCACUCUUCACCAAUCUGUGGACUGGAAACACACCUGCUAUUAUCCAUCACAAUGCACAUCGAGAUGGCAGAAAAGUCUUGCGGGAGACCUGGUGGGAUAAGCUUUGGUCGCAGAAGUAUGCGAGGACGCUUUAUGAUGCUUGGGUUAGUGAGCAGGUAUCAACCAUUGCUCAUGCUGGUCCUGAUGAGUAUUCAAAGAGGGAUUGGUGGCCGGCUGAACGCCAAAAGGGUGGUGGAAGGGCGUGGUUGAUGGAGCAUAGUAAUGUCAAUGAUGAGACGAGAGAGUGGCUGGGAUUUGAGGAUAUCUGUAAAGACUAUCAUGAGGAGGUGUUUAGAGAUGGAAAGGGACCGUGGAUGCUUCCCAUUGCAUAG